AUGGCUUUUAAAGGAUUUUCGGUACCCACUUACUGUGGUCAUUUGGUGCUUUCAUUAAUGACAUGCUUGCGAUCUGUUGGACCCACUGGUUUCGCCAGUGGGAUUGAUGUUGGUUUUUCCAAUUGGGGACUUGAGCUGGUCACUAUAUCUCUGUACACUAUGACAAAAUCCACAACUAUAAUCUUUAUCCUUGGAUUUGCCAUUUUUCUGGGUCUUGAAAAGAAGUCCUGGUCGCUGGUGGGCAUUGUGCUCACGAUUGCCGCCGGACUGGUGAUGUUCACCUACAAGGCGACGCAGUUCAACAUCCUCGGCUUCUACUUCCUCCUACUGGCAUCGUUCGCAGCGGGGCUGAGGUGGUCCUUCGCCCAGCUCCUCAUGCAGAGGUCCAAGCUUGGCCUCCACAAUCCCGUAGACAUGGUGUUCCACGUGCAGCCCUGGAUGUUCCUAUCCCUCCUGCCGUUCACGGUCAUGUUCGAAGGGUCCGCUUGCUUCGAAUACCUGAAGGGCCUGCCGAACGAGCAACUGUUGCCGACACUUCUCAAAGUGUCCGUGGGCGCUACAAUUGCAUUCGCGAUGGAGAUCAGCGAGUUCCUGGUCGUCACCUACACCUCGAGUCUUACCUUGUCCAUCGCGGGAAUCUUUAAGGAGAUGUGCAUCCUGAUACUGGCCGUUGAGGUGAGCGGCGACCAGCUGAGCCCGGUCAACGUGGUCGGCCUGGCGCUGUGCCUGAUGGGCAUCGUGGGCCACAUCGUGCACAAGGUGCUGGUGAUACGCGCCGUCACGGGCGCCGCGAGAGCGCUCAACGGCGACGCCCACGAGCCGCAAGGUAACGGCGCCGCGCUGAAGCGAGACGGCGAAUACAACAGGCCACUGCUGGCCGCGCAGAAGUGGGACAACGCUAGCGAGGAGAGCGACGUCGACGCGAGCUUGGUGCUGCGCGAGGUGCUGCAACGUCGCGACGGCCAG